AUUACAGUAUGUGAUAUGAUAUAGGAAUUAUAUAAUAUAUAUUUUCCCUAACCUGUCCUGGGAUAAAGGAUUUUGUAUUCUACUUCCUCUUGGCUCCUCUACCUCAGAACAUGUGAAAAGCCUGAGGUUGCCACCCAGUCAGGGAAACAGAAUGUGUCAUCACACCGCUCCUCACUCUUGCCAGCUCUCAGAGCGGGUUCGUGAUAAUUAACAUUACCAAGGAGAAAUGGAAACCUGAUGGGUUGGAUUAAUAUGUGCCCCCAUGAGAGAUCUAAUCCUCAUUAUAUUCCUCUCUAUAAUCUAGUUGGAGUAGAGUGGAGAUAGUUACUGUCAUGUAGAACCAAUUAUAGUACGGACUUAUAGCCAGUCUUUACUCCAUAGAAUACAUGAAUUUCAUCAUGGAGAAACAACCCCUAGCCCACCUACCCUCUAGGCACUUGGGUAGAUCUGAAAGGAUGGGGUCUGGAUCUAUACUGAACAAAAAUGUAAACGCAACAGGCAAUGAUUUUACUGAAUUACAGUUCAUAUAAGGAAUAUCAGUCAAUUCAUAUCAGUCAAUUUAAAUAAAUUAAUACGGCCCUAUGGAUAUCAUGACUGGCUGGGCCUUCCCAAUCAGAAUGAGUUUUUCACCACAAAAGGGCUUUCUUACAGACAGAAAUACUCCUCAGUUUAAUCAGCUGUCUGGGAGUCUGGAUCCCGCAGGUGAAGAAGCCACAUGUGCAGGUCUUGGGCUGGCGUGGUUGUGAGGCCGGUUGGACGUAGUGCCAAAUUCUCUAAAACAACAUUGGAGGUGGCUUAUGGUAGAGAAAUGAACAUAAACGUAUCUGCCAACAGCUCUGAUGUACAGUUGAAGUCUGAAGUUUAUAUACACUUAGGUUGGAGUCACUAAAACUAUUCUUUUCAACCACUCCACAAAUUUCUUGUUAACAAACUAUAGUUUUGGCAAGUCAUCUACUUUGCGCGACAAGUAGUUUUUACAACUAUUGUUAACAGACAGAUUAUUUCACUUACAAUUCACUGUAUCACAAUUACCGUGGGUCAGAAGUUUACAUACACUGAGUUGACUGUGCCUUUAAACAGCUUGGAAAAUUCCAGAAAAUUAUGUCAUGGCUUUAGAAGCUUCUGAUAGGCUAAUUGACAUCAUUUGAGUCAAUUGGAGGUGUACUUGUGGAUGUAUUUCAAGGCCUACCUUCAAACGCAGUGCCUCUUUGCUUGACAUAAUGGGAAAAUCAAAAGAAAUCAGUCCUCAGGAAAAAAUAAUACCUCAGGAAAAAAACGCCUGAAGGUACCAAGUUCAUCUCUACAAACAAUAGUACACAAGUAUAAUCACCAUGGGAUCACGCAGCCGUCAUACCGCUCAGGAAGGAGACACGUUCUGUCUCAGAGAUGAACAUAGUUUGGUGGAAAAGUGCACAUAAAUCCCAGAACAACAGCAAAGGACCUUGUGAAGACGCUGGAGGAAACAGGUACAAAAGUAUCUAACCACAGUAAAACAAGUCCUAUAUUCACACAACCUGAAAGGCCACUCAGCAAGGAAGAAGCCACUGCUCCAAAACUGCCAUAAAAAAGCCAGACUACGGUUCUAACUGCACAUGAGGACGAAGAUCGUACUUUUGGAGAAAUGUCCUCUGGUCUGAUAAAACAAAAAUAGAACUGUUUGGCCAUAAUGACCAUUGUUAUGUUUGGAGGAAAAAGGGGGGAGGCUUGCAAGCCGAAGCACACCAUCCUAACCGUGAAGCACGGGGGUGGCAGCAUCAUGUUGUGGGGGUGCUUUGCUGCAGGAGGGACUGGUGUACUUCACAAAAUAGAUGGCAUCAUGAGGUAGGAAAAUGUGGAUAUAUUGAAACAACAUCUCAAGACAUUUAACUUCCUGUCCUCAAGACAGGAAGUUAAAGCUUGGUUGCAAAUGGGUCUUCCGAAUGGACAAUGACCCCAAGCAUACUUCCAAAGUUGUGGCAAAAUGGCAACAAAGUCAAGGUAUUGGAGUGGCCAUCACAAAGCCCUGACCUCAAUCCUAUAGAAAAUUUGUGGGCAGAACUGAAAAAGCGUGUGCGAGCAAGGAGGCCUACAAACGUGACUCAGUUACACCAGCUCUGUCAGGAGGAAUGGGCCAAAAUUCACCCAACUUAUUGUGGAAAGAUUGUGGAAGAUUACUGAAACGUUUGACCCAAGUUAAACAAUUUCAAUGCAAUACUACCAAAUACUAAUUGAGUGUAUGUAAACUUCUGACCCACUGGGAAUGUGACAAAAGCAAUAAAAGCUGAAAUAAAUCAUUCUCUCUACUAUUAUUCUGACAUUUCAUAUUCUUAAAAUAAAGUGGUGAUCCUAACUGACCUAAGACAGGGCAUUUUUACUAGGAUUAAAUGUCAGGAAUUGUGAAAAACUGAGUUUAAAUGUAUUUGGCUAAGGUGUAUGUAAACUUCCGACUUCAACUGUACAUUCCUGCAGACAGGUGCCAACUGCAGUCUCCCUUAACUUGAGACAUAUGUGGCAUUGAUCAUGCUGUUUAAUCAACUUCUUGAUAUGCCACACUUGUCAGGUGGAUGGAUUUUCUUGGCAAAGGAGAAAUGCUCACUAACAGGGAUGUAAACAGAUUUGUGUACAACAUUUGAGAGAAAUAAGCUUUUUGUGCCUAAAAGGGGAUCAAUACUUUACAUGUAGCAUUGAUAUUUCUGUUCAGUAUAAUAUGGCCAAACAUCCUAGCCUAUUAGGUGGCAUGGAGAAGAUUCUACCAUGUUGGUUAUACCUAUCCAAUUCUCCCAGGGCUGAAUCUCAAUAGUCUAAUGUGGCUUCCUCCCAGGGCUGAGUCUCUAUAGUCUAAUGUGGCUUCCUCCCAGGGCUGAGUCUCUAUAGUCUGAAGUGGAUAUCUCCUCUCCAUCUGCACUGAUCUGAACACUACAGGAUAGGUCAAAGCAGUAUGGCGGAUGCCUUCUGGGAUUUUGUUUCCUCUGUCCAGCUCUUUUACGUUAGUGCAGAAGAAAGGAGACAGCAGAUGCAAAUGAGCUGUUAGUUAAAUCUGGUGAAACACAUUUCUCACUAUACUGACACUUGUGUUUUUGUUGAACAUUGUCUAAUGUUGGCGUCUAAUAAUGACAACUAAAGUGGGAAAGGGGGUAGCUAGUCAAAGUGAAUGAGACCAACAUUACAGGCCUGCUACCCAGGCUAUGAUUGAGAGGGGCUAAAUUAUACAAAGAUAGGGUGAUCUAUUUUUUUUAUUUUUUUUUUAUCCCCUUUUCCCCCCAAUUUUUCGUGGUAUCCAAUCGCUAGUAAUUACUAUCUUGUCUCAUCGCUACAACUCCCGUACGGGCUCGGGAGAGACGAAGGUCGAAAGUCAUGCGUCCUCCGAAGCACAACCCAACCAAGCCGCACUGCUUCUUUAACACAGCGCGCCUCCAACCCGGAAGCCAGCCGCACCAAUGUGUCGGAGGAAACACCGUGCACCUGGCCCCCUUGGUUAGCACGCACUGCGCCCAGCCCGCCACAGGAGUCGCUGGAGCGCGAUGAGACAAGGAAAUCCCUACCGGCCAAACCCUCCCUUACCCGGACGACGCUAGCCCAAUUGUGCGUCGCCCCACGGACCUCCCGGUCGCGGCCGGCUGCGACAGAGCCUGGGGGCGAACCCAGAGACUCUGGUGCGCAGUUAGCACUGCGAUGCAGUGCUCUAGACCACUGCGCCACCCGGGAGGCAGGGUGAUCUAUUUAACCCAUUGGCCCGAGCGAGAAAGAGUCAGCAUAUCCAGAGGUAGAGAGACACUUAAAAGGGCUUAUCAUCCUCUAAUGGACUUGUAGGCGAUUGAUCAGCAUUCAAGGGUAGCAAUCCAAUGCACUAUCGGCAAGUCAGGAGAUCCAUUUACGUUCUCUUUGUUCUCUUACAGAGCUUCAAGCUCUCCAAGAUAUUACAAUAUGCUAAUGUUGAAAAACAUUAUUUUAUGACAUUGAAGAGUCAGUAUAAACCUAUAUUUCUAUCUUGAAUGUACAGGGAUAGUGCUGACAUUCAUAAACAGUUUUAUCACCAGAUUUAUAUGCCCAGUGCGUUAUUGUCAUAACAGCCAUAUAAAACCAUUACAGAGCCAUAAAAUCUUAAUAAUCUAUUCAAAUGUCCCCCACACUUCACAUACAACAUCACUGCCAGUUCUAGUACUUCAGAUUAGAGGUCGAUGGUCAUCUAAAUAAGGUUGUGACAUCCUGUCUGUGUGAACAAUGGCAGGUCAUAGUAGUAGUAUUGUGUGGAGAGGGCAAGAGAAUACUGAGCCUUUGAUGUAGCUCUGCACGCUCUCUUCUCCCUCGUGGGCCUAUCACCUGGUUGCCAUGAUAACCACCCUCCCACCACACAAACACACUUCUCUCUGUCUUUCUCACUGUGCGGGCGUGCCAGACCUUAUUCAACAUUCAACUUGACCAGAAGAGAAGCGUUGCAUGUGCAAAACGGCCUGCACAAAGCCCUGGCCAAGCAAAACCCUUUGUUGUCCUCCUGUUUAGUCUCUCGACAGCCAAAGCCCAGAAUCAGCAGUGCCAACAGUUGAAGGGAAAGUGUCCACCCAGCAAAAGCCCUAAGUCCCCCAUUGUGUCUCCUUUGUGUGGCAAGCCUCGCGAUACUUUCCGGCACGGCCCCAGACGUAUAUAUUGAGGUGUCCAACUUUUUUACUGUUACACUUUACUUGUGGGCCAGGUUGGACAGUAUCCAGUGGAAAAUGUCGCAGUAUUCUGGAAAGAUCACCUUCUACGAGGGAAAAUGCUUCACCGGCAGGCAGCUGGAGGUCAGGGGCGACUGCGAUAACUUCCAGGACCGUGGCUUCAUGAACCGCGUCAACUCCAUCCGUGUGGAGAGCGGCGCCUUCUGCUGCUUUGACCACCCCGACUUCAAGGGACAGCAGUACAUCCUGGAGCACGGCGAGUACCCCGAGUUCCAGCGUUGGAACAGCCACAACGACCACAUGGGCUCCUGCAAGCCCAUCAAGAUGCACGGUGAGCACUACAGAAUGGAACUGUUCGAGGCCUGUAACUUCUCUGGCCAGUGUGUGGAGGUCUGUGACGACUGCCCCUUCCUGCAGAGCCGUGGCUUCAGCAAGAGCUGCAUCAACUCCAUCAAGGUCUACGGAGACGGAGCUUGGGUGAUGUACGAGGAGCCUAACUUCCGCGGCCGCAUGUACAUCGUGGAGAGAGGAGACUACUGCAGUCACAACGAGUGGCAGGCCGAGAACCCCAACAUCCAGUCCAUCCGUAGAGUGGUCAACUACUUCUAAACCUCUUCCCCUGUUCUGCCCCAGACCCGCAUGGACUGUGACUUUCACCAUUCUAGAAAUGUACAAUAAAAAAAAUACAUAAUACCACAAAUGUAUUUUUAUCGAACA